UUGAACUCGUCUGCCUGGUUGCAACAGCAACAGCACAAACUGAACUUUGAAGGUAAAACGUCUCCAAGUUAUUUCACCGAUAUACCAGAGAUGUCCAACCUUCUCACACUGGUUUUGGUUGGCAUGUUUUUGUCUGAGACCAUCUCAGAAAUGUGUUGGGUCGAAUAUGCUUGGAGGGCGCUCGACUUCGACUGGGCAAAUGUCCAGGAGAGACAACAAGCUAUAGACAACGGACCUACGACGAAACCAAAUGCAUGUUACAGGAGAUAUCUUUUUACAACGAUGAAGUUUUCAUUACAGUCCCUCGGUUGGAACGAGGUGUUCCUUCAACCCUGAAUAUUGUACUUACUUCGCGCAUUGAUGGCGUUUCUCCUGUUUUAAAGCCAAUUCCAAGCUUGGAAUAUAAUACUCUAGGUGACUGCAAUGCGUUGCAGAGUGUACAUGGAAUGGAAAUCGACCACAACACUGGUAUGAUGUGGGCUAUUGACGCUGGGCGAGCUCUGUCAAGUUUGCCUUCCGCCGAUCAAAUACGAUGUCCAGCAAAGAUAGUGGUCUUUGAUAUGAAAAAUCUAAGAGAACAUGCUCGAUACGUUUUCCCCACCAAUGUGGUAGACAGUAACAGCAGUCUGCUGGGCAGAAUGGUAUUGGGGUAUGAACAAGGUCAGAACUUGACCCACGUAUACAUAGUGGACAUUAGCAAAGGAAUUGUAGUGUACAACAUCAUCGCAAACACAAGUCAUCGACAUGAAGAUAGCGCGUCAAUGCAAACUAACGAAGGUGUCUCCAUUCCUGUCGAUGGCAUUUUGUUGAAUUCUACCGUGAACCUGAACUCUUUGGCUAUUUCUUCUGAUUUCAAAUACGUCUAUUUCUCUUCACUGUCUGGAGUGAAGUUGUAUCAAGUACCUGCCAGUGCAUUAAAUGACCCGAACACCAAUAUAGGCAACCACAUUAGAUUGGUGGGCAGUAAACCGGCAAAUUCUGCUGGUAUGUUUUACGCCACAAAGAAUUUAUAUUUUGGUGGCCUUGGCAGAGAUAACCUUUACCGAUGGCGUGUGUCCGAAGACGUGAACACGACGGAAGGGGAGGUAACAAUGAACACUGUUGAGGAAGUAGCCCAACACAGUUCUCGCUUUUCGUGGGUUGAAUCGAUGUCAACAGGCGCCUCUCAGUCUCUGCACAUAACCGUAUCAAACCGUGGUCGAAUGAGUCUGAAUAUGAUAGAUUUUUCAAAUCCAGAUCCAAAUUUCUUCGUUCUCAAAUGCCGUAUUGGGGAGAAGGGGUACUUAAGUUCAGUCACACUUCCCGCUGUAAAUAUAACUCCUGUAAUUCCUGGAGUUUGUGUGCUCCUUGGAAGUACGGAGAGGCAAGAGUCUGCCUCAGUUCUAGUAUGGAGAAAUUCUACAUAUGCUCAUAUUGCUUUACUCGUUUUACUUUGUCAUUUUACCAUCAGGUGAGAAUAAAAUUUGAAAUUGAAGUUUGUGGUAACUGUUCAAACUAUUAAUUUUUUUCUCCCGUUUUUUUAGCAGUUAAAUGUGUUGGUGAUAAUAGUUACUCUGAGAUGUUUAAUUAAAAUAAGGAAUGUGAGAAAAAGACACAGUACUUCGCAUGAAAAUUCUUGUACUUGUGUGGCUGCAAUACCACGAGAGCUGCAGUAUAAGUUAAUUAUUUGACACUGUGAGAGAAUUUGUUUGUCAUUAAUAUUUAAAUCAUUUACUUCGUUAAGCUGGAGGUUUCACACAUACUGUGUUGUCUAAAGCGGCGCGGUGUAUGAAUCCGCAUGCAGUUAGUCCUUAAACUGUGUUGUUCUUGGCGGUACAGAGUGACAAUCGAAUUUAUCAGUUCGGGUGUAGAUAAAUGUAUCAUUAUUGUUCUACCCGGUGAACUCAUUUUGUCAUUAGAAAAAUUAUGAAUUUAAAAUUAACGUUUGUGUUAAGUUUUAUUUGCAUUUCAAUAUAUUUGUAAUAAUAGUUGUACUUCGAGAUGUUUAAUAAAGAUAUCGGAUGUGGAAAAAA